UUCUCAUUAUAAACCUUAAGAAAACCAAAACUAAUAACCAAAACCACCAAAACCAAAAACCAUGGAGAUAGAGGUGCCUGUUGUGAUUGUGGGUGCUGGUCCUGCUGGCAUAGGAACCUCAGGGUGCCUCAACAAGCAUUCCAUCCCUAACAUUGUCCUAGAAAGAGAUGAUUGCAAUGCAUCUCUUUGGAGGAAAAGGACCUAUGAUAGGUUGAAGCUUCACUUGGGCAAAGAAUUUUGCAACCUCCCCCACAUGCCAUUUCCUUCAGGUUCGCCCAACUUUAUCUCCAGAAUUGAUUUUUUACGCUACAUAGAUCGUUACGUGAGUCGUUUCAUGAUCAACAUCCGGUAUAACCGGAGCGUGGAGUCAGCCACCUACGACGACAAAAAUGGGAAAUGGAGGGUCAUUGUGAGGGACACAGCCUCAAAUGUUGAUGAGGUUUAUGUCGCUGAUUACCUGGUGGUUGCGACGGGGGAGAAUUGCGAAGGGAUCAUUCCCAAGAUAGAGGGGCUUGAAGGAUUUGAAGGAGAAUACAUGCAUUGCAGCAAAUACAUGAAUGGAAGGGCAUGGUAUGAUAUGAAUGUUUUGGUUGUUGGUUGUGGGAAUUCUGGCAUGGAGAUCGCUUAUGAUCUCUCAAAUUGGGGUGCAAAUACCUCCAUUGUUAUUAGAAGUCCUGUACAUUAUUUCACUAAAGAAAUGGUGUUCAUUGGAAUGUCUUUGCUGAAAUACAUAGAAGUUGACAAGGUUGACAAGCUUAUGGUGCUCAUGAGCAAGCUGGUGUAUGGGGAUAUGACUAAGUACGGCUUGACCAGGCCAAAGGAAGGACCUUUUGCUCUAAAAAUCAAGGGGGGUCGUACCCCUACCAUUGAUGUGGGUUGUGUGUCAAGGAUUAAGAAAGGCAAAGUAAAGGUGUUCCCAGGUAUUACAGGCAUAAAAAAUGACAAGAUGGUUGAGUUUGAGGAUGGACGAAUUGGUCAAUUUGACGUUAUAAUCUUUGCCACCGGAUACAAAAGCAAUGUGCUGAAAUGGCUUAAGGAUUACAAAGGGAUGUUCAAUGAGAGUGGAAUGCCUAAACCAAGAUAUCCAUCACAUUGGAAAGGAGAAAACAACAUCUACUGUGCUGGGUUUUCAAAGAGGGGAUUAGAAGGUAUUGCUUAUGAUGCUCAGGAAAUAGCAAAUCAUAUAAGUUUGACUAUGAAUGCAAGGAAUGUACCUAGUUCUAUGGCCAAUAUUGCCGGAGUCGAGUAAUAAAUAAAUGGGUUUGCAGUGUGAUAUACGAGUACUAUCAUUUUCUCCUAGGGGAGACUUCAUGUGGAUGAUCAUUAUUAGUAUCGGUGUUAAUUAGUUACAUUAACACCAUAUUUGUUUUUGAUCGGUCAAAACUAAUUCCAUUCCAAGGUACAAAGGAGUACCAAAAUUUAUGUAAAAUUUAUCAAAAGUUAUAUAGAAUUUUGUGUGUUAAUUAUAGACAAUGAAUGUU